GCUAAGAGAAGAACUAGAAGUACCACAAUGACGGCUAAAGAUACCAAGGAGGGGACCAUACACAAACAAUGGAUUAUAGGUGCUAUUGCAACCACACCGUUCCUAACGUACGGCCUGCAGAACGGCUGGAUCUCGCCCGUGAUCGGGCUGCUCCAGUCGGACCUCAGUCCGUCCGGGCGCCCGCUCACCACCAACGAGAUCUCGCUCGUCGCCAGCGGCGUCAGCAUGGCCGCCAUCUCCACGGCCGCCGUGUUUGGGUACCUCGCCGAUGGCAUCGGACGGAGGGCUACUUUGAUGUGCCUUGUGACACCGCAGAUUCUUUGUUUCGCCUUGAAGCUGAUAUCAGCGCACCCCGCCUGCCUGAUCGUGGCGCAGCUGUGCGGGGGGAUCGCGGCUGGCGGCUCGUUCUGCGUCGCGCCCACCUACGUCAAGGAGAUGGCGCAGGACUCCAUCAGGGGAUAUUUGGCGUCCUCGGGGAUUCUGCUACAGAGUAUGGGCAUGUUAAUAAUGUACGCGAUGGCCCCAUACCUGGGCUACUACACGUUGCUGUGGAUCGUGGUGUGGCUGCCGGUGUUGAACCUGGUCGGGAUGUUCUGGAUACCAGAGUCACCGGCGUUCUUGGUGAAGAAGGGGAGGGUUGAGGAAGCCAUCAGAGUGAUGUCCUGGCUGCGAGAAGUGGAUGGGAACCACAAGAUGCUGGAACGGGACAUUUCCACAUUGAAAAACGAAAUGAUGACGAAUGAGAACUUGCCGGCAGAAUCUUGGAAGUCUAUCCUAUCCGACAAAUCGUCGCGCAGAGCCCUGUGCAUAUCGUUCCUGGUGAUGACGCUGCUGGCGGUGGGCGGCGACUACGGGAUCAUGGCGUACGCGUCGGUGAUCCUCCAGCACUCUGGCGUGACCUUCGCGCCGGAGGUACAGGCGCUGUCCUUCCCCGCGCUCAUGACCUUGGGCUCCCUGUUGUCGGCUGUCACCAUUGAGAGGCUCGGGAGAAAGCCCCUCAUAAUGCUAGGCGCACUGUUCACCGGCGUCCCGCUCGCCAUCAUGGGCACAGUGCUGGUGAUCCUGCAGGGCGGCGCGCACGUGCCCCAGUGGCUGCCCGUCGUCAGCAUCGGCGUGUGUCUGUUCGCUAGCGGCCAGAUGAUGUCGCUGCCCUUCAUCGUCAUCUCCGAGAUCUUUAGUGUGCAAAUGAGAUCGAAAGUCCUCGGCUUAAUCUCGACAUACGGCUGGUCGCUGGCCGGCUCGCAGACUCUCCUGUUCGCAAUAAUAACUGAACACUUGGGCAUGCAAACCAUAUUCUUCGCAUUUGCCGCCAUCAACCUGCUGGGCACCAUCGUGUGCGCCAUCAUCAUGCCAGAAACUAAAGGGAAGACGCUUGAACAGAUUAACAAAGAAUUGAUAAAUAGAAGGAUAUGUUAGAAA